AUGCCUGGUAGCACAAAAAGCGACACAAAAUUAGAAAACGAGAUAAGAGUAAGUUAUAAGAGUGAUGCUUUAGAUUACGUCUAUAAAGCAAUCGUUCUUUUUGAAACAAACGAUGAAGUAAUUUUAUCGGGGGUAGGUAAAGCCAUUAGCUCAGUUGUUAAUGUUGCUGAAAUGGUCAAGAGGAGGGCAAAAGGAUUACACCAGUUUACCAAACUUUAUGAAAAAGAACAUACAAUUAAAAGAGGGGAUAAUAGCGGAUUAAAGAAAAAUUCAAAGAGCGAAGAUAAAAAAUCGGACGAUGAAGAAGAAGUGGAUGAAGAAAAUGAAAAAAAUAAAGAUUCAUCAAAUAGAAUAAUUGAAUAUAGUACUACUGUUCCAUGUAUGAAAAUAAUUUUAACAAAAAAUGAAGACAAAAUUGAUAAAAAUGAAAUAGGUUACCAAAAACCAUUAGAUGAUAAGGAUGUAAAUGUUAUGACACCAGAUCAAAUAUUAAAGGAAAAGUCUUACAGGAGGAGAUAUAGAAGAGGUAGAGGAGGAGACAGAUAUAGAACCAAUUAUCGCAGACCAUAUUAUGAAACUUCCAUGUGGAAUAAUAGGAGAUAUGAAAAAAGAAAUUAA